UAACAAUAUAACAUAUUAGGAUUAAGAUUAACAGCUAUGCAGUACAACCAAAUAAACAUCUUUCAAGAAUUAAAGAAUCCAACUCAAAAGCACCACUAAUCGUUUAGUAAAACUUCAAAUCCAAUACUCUAAUCUUUCUUAUUACAAUCAAACACAAUUCCGACAAUUCCAUCAAUUUUCACCUUCGUCUUCCAUUGAAUUUCUUGUAUAUUUGACUAAACCCUUAUCUUCUUCAAUUUACCCAACCCCACAAAUUGCAAGAACAAUUCCACCAAUCUGAGAAAAGCCCACAAAAUUUCUUCUCAAAUUAUGGUUGCCCACUUCCUAAACAAUUGAAUUAAACCCAAAAAUCAUGAGUGAUUGUGAAAAAACAAUGUAUAAAAAAGCAGCCUAUACACUUGCAUUCUUCAUAAUUCUCACAUUUACUUACCUUUUCUUGAUUGGAACUCUUAAUCUAAGAGGAUCUUAUCUAACCCCAUUUCUUCAAUCUUUUCCUUCAAACUCCAUUUGGGUCCCAUCAUGCCAGAGCUUAACACCAUUAAGAGUGUACAUGUAUGAUCUUCCUAGGAGAUUUAAUGUUGGUAUGCUUCGAAGAAAAGAUACUGAUCAAACGCCUGUAACAGUAGAGACACUUCCACCAUGGCCUAAAGUUUCUGGGUUGAGAAAACAACAUAGUGUUGAGUAUUGGAUGAUGGCUUCUUUAUUUAAUGUGGAGAAGGAGGGGAAGGAAAAUAAUGAUGAGGUGAAAAUGGAAGCUGUUAGAGUAUUGGAUCCAGAGAUUGCCGAUGUGUUCUUUGUGCCCUUUUUCUCUUCUUUGAGCUUUAAUGUUUAUGGGCAUAAUAUGACUGAUCCAAAUAAUGAGCAUGAUAAGGAACUUCAGGUUGAUAUUUUGAAGUUUUUGAGGGAAUCUAAGCACUGGCAAAGGUCAGAAGGCCGAGAUCAUGUCAUCCCUAUGCAUCACCCAAAUGCUUUUAGGUUUCUCCGGGAGCAGGUAAAUGCAUCAAUACUUGUCGUGGCAGAUUUUGGCCGCUACCCCAAAAGCAUGUCGAAUUUAAAGAAAGAUGUUGUUGCCCCAUACGUACAUGUUGUGGAUUCUUAUACCAAUGAUGAAGCAUCCGAUCCAUUUGAAUCUCGUACCACCCUAUUGUAUUUUCGUGGCAGGACCGUGAGGAAAGACGAAGGAGUGAUUCGUGCUAAAUUGCAAAAGCUUCUGGAAGAUUAUGACGAUGUCCACUUUGAAAGAAGUGUUGCCUCGGAAGCAAACAUAAAACUGUCUACGAAGGGAAUGAGAGCAUCAAAGUUCUGUCUACACCCAGCUGGAGAUACCCCUUCAUCAUGCCGGUUAUUUGAUGCUAUAGUCAGCCAUUGUGUACCCGUCAUUAUUAGCGACCAAAUCGAGCUACCCUAUGAAGACGAACUUGAUUAUUCCGAGUUCUCCCUCUUCUUCUCAACCGAUGAAGCUUUAAAACCCGGUUAUUUGAUCAAGCAGCUUCGCCAGUUUCCGAAGGAUAAAUGGCUUACAAUGUGGAACAAACUAAAGAACAUAUCACACCAUUUCGAGUUUCAAUACCCGUCAAAAAGCAGUGAUGCAGUCAAUAUGAUAUGGAGACAGGUCAGGCAUAAGCUCCCUUAUACUAAACUCACUAUUCAUAGAACCCGAAGGUUGAAAAUCCCCGAUUGGUGGGAGAGUAAAAGAUGAGACGACACAAGGACGUUUGAGUUAUCCCCACCAAUGAAGGCUAGAAACACCCGAGAUUCUACGAAUUUUUCAAAAAAUGAGCGUAUCAGUAUCGUUACAACGUCGAGAAUAGUAGUUUGUAGUUUGUACCUAACUGUACUUAUAUUUUUGUUUAUACAGUUACAUAUUUACAGUAGAGAAAUAUCCCCAAAGGGAAAUCAUAGGUUAUUAUUUACACAUGAUUUGAGCCAUAGACAUGUGAUCUGAAUCUGAUCUACUCUAUUUGUUUGUAAUUUUUGCAUUAUUUUUGUACUACUCCACUUUGUUUGCACGUUCUUUAUUAAAUCACAGAAGGGUAUAAUCCAGACUGAUUUAUGACUAUAUUUAUUAUUGCAGCCAA